AUGAUACGAGGCUAUGCUGAAACAUUCAUUCAGCGAGGAGAAGAGAUCUUUCUGAAUUAUGGAGCCGAAUUCAUUUUCAAGGCGUCAUCAGAAAGUCCAUCCCUGACAAAAUAUCAUGAUCUCCAAAUCUCCAUCAACAUGUUUGUCUUUAUCAAGGGUGACGAGAAAAAGCCGUGGAUAGGAUACAUUACAGAGCUGAAACGGGACACACGGCGGAUCAUUGUCAAUUGGAUGUCCCAGGUCAAUGAUCUUAAGCCGAUCGAUCCGUUCUCCGAUCAGCGCUGUCACAAUGAGAUAUUGGUUACCUCUGAGAGUGAUGAAAUCGAUUUGGACAGCAUUGAAGACAUAGCUGAGGUCACAGCGCACGGGGCACGUUGCCAGAUAUCCGAAGGAUGGUGUUGUCGGCAGGUUUAUGAUCGUUGUUCUCACCAAUUCUACCCUGCCACGUUGAACCGAGCUAUAGCAUCUCGCAUUCAAACCCCAGGGAAGUGUUCAUCUCUGUCCACCGGCAAGGGUAUGCUCUCGGCACUCAGCAUUCUAAAUCGCGUUUAUAACGAGGAUUUGACCAGUAAAGAUGAAAAGACGAUCUUCCCAAAAGUGGAAGGAUUUUCUGAAUGA